AUGGAAGAAUGUGGUCGAUUGACUCAAACAGUUGAGAAGCUCAAUAAUGAAAUCCAUAAUCAUUUAAAAACCAUCGACGAAAGGGAUGCAGAGAUACGUGAAAACGAAGCUAUUAGAAGAAAGCUACAUAAUGAAGUUCAAGAAUUAAAGGGUAACAUCAGAGUUUAUUGUCGUGUCCGGCCAUUGUUGAAAGGCGAAGAUAAUCAAGACUGCGAUUUACCAAUCACUUUUGAUAGUAAUUGUGAUAAGAACAUCCAGAUACAUCAUAGUAACACGAAUGAUGAUGGCUGUAGAAGAACUACAUCUGAAAAGUAUGAUUUUACCUUUGACAAAGUAUUCAAUCCCACUAGCGCUCAGGAAGAUAUUUUCCUCGAGAUCUCUCAAUUGGUACAAAGUGCUUUAGAUGGCUACAACGUUUGUAUUUUUGCUUAUGGGCAAACUGGUAGCGGCAAAACAUACACCAUGGAAGGUUGCGUAGAUCACAAUUCGGGGAGUAAUAAUGCAAGAGCUGGAAUGAUUCCUAGGACUGUCAACCAAAUUUUUACAUCUGCUAGCGCAUUAUCUAGCAAAGGUUGGAAGUAUGAUAUUGAAGCUUCCUUCUUGGAGAUAUACAACGAAACUGUCCGCGACUUACUUGAAGACAAUCAUAAAAAGAAAGAAAAUAUUAAAUACGAGAUUAAAUUAACGAAAUCCAGUAAUGGUGUAAAUCAUGUAGCAGUAACAAACGCUAAGAUAGUUAAAGUUGAGUCUGAAAGACAAGUGUACGACUUACUGAAAGUUGCUUCACGUCAUCGAGCUACCGCAGCUACAAAAUGUAACGAAUAUUCUUCGCGCAGCCACAGCGUAUUUCGACUGAACCUCAUCGGUAGUAAUAGCUUAACUGGACAGAAUUGUGAAGGGACUUUAAAUCUUGUCGAUCUGGCUGGUUCUGAACGAAUAAAUGUAUCCGGAGCAACCGGUGAUCGAUUAAAUGAAGCUAAAAAUAUCAACAAGAGUUUGAGUACCUUAAGUAAAGUAAUUCUGUCACUGGCUAAUAAGGAUUCUCAUAUACCUUACAGAAAUUCAAAGUUAACCUACUUGCUACAAAACUCUUUGGGUGGCAACAGUAAAACGUUAAUGUUUGUGAAUAUUUCACCUUCCAUUCAUUGUUUUCAUGAGAGCUUAAGCUCUUUACGGUUUGCUACUAAGGUAAGCUGA